CAAACUUGAAGGUCUCCUCUCACUCAAGUGGUCAGGACUGCACACAUACUUGGAUUCAUGGCGCAUAGUUCGGUCAGUAAUCUGAGGAUUGUUCUUCUGGGUAAGAGCGUGUCAGAAAACAGUCAUGUGGGAAACUUCCUGUUGGGACGAGCAGCGUUUGACAGUGAAGCUCCUCCAGAUGUUGUUGAGAGAGUUGAAGGAAGAUUGAAGGACAGAGAUGUGAUGGUCAUCAACAGUCCUCAGCUGCUCCAGACAAACAUCUCAGAUCAUCAGAUCACACAGACAGUGAGAGAGUGUGUGAAUCUGUCUGAUCCAGGACCUCAUGUCUUCAUAAUCAUAAUGCAAUAUAAUGACUUUACUGACGAGAACAUGACAAGAGUGCAUUAUGUGCUGAAAAAAUUCAGUGAAGAGGCAAUUAAACGCACAAUUAUUUUCACAAUUGAUGAAGAGACAUUCGACUCACACAUGAGUCAUAUGACAAAGCAUACAGCUACUCAUCAGUUAAUAAAGGAGUGUGAAGAAGAACAUCUGCAGCUUGAAAAAGAAAAAUCAGAAUGGCACUCUAACAUAUUCCAGAGUGUUGAUAUGAUACUCAAGGAAAACCAGGAAGACUAUCUCACAUGUGAAUUAUAUGAAGAUGUUAAAGGAACAUCAGUGGAAGAAGAUCAGAGCAGCUCAGAGGAAGGAAAUGAGGAGAGCUCUCACCACAACUAUGUUGAAAAAGCCAAAGAUAGCCAGAAAGGCAGAAGUGGUAAAGUGGAUUUACGUGGAAAACAGAAGCUGAACCUGGUGCUAUUUGGAAGUGAUUCAACACUUACAGUCUCUGUGUCCAAACUUUUACAAGGGAAAAAGAUAAAACUUUCACAUCAGAGAAAGAAAAUUAAAGAGUGUGUGAAGAAAGGGAAGAUUCAUGGAUAUAAGAUCAGUCUGGUGGAGCUUCCAGCUCUCAAUCGGCUCUCAAAGGAGGAAGUGAUGCUUCAGACUCUCCGCUGUGUGUUUCUCUGUCAUCCUGGAGUUCAUGUUUUCAUCCUCAUUGUUCCUGAUGGUCCACUGACUGAUGAAGACAAAGCAGAAAUGGAGAAAAUGAUAAGAAUAUUUGACUCCAGAGAGCACUUCAUUCUCCUCUUUACCUCCAGUUUCUCUGUUGAAGGACCGGUGAUGGACUCCAUAAAAUCCAGCCCAGAAUCUCAGAAGAUAAUCGGUCUCUGUGGUGGUCGAUACAGAGUGAUUGGGUUAAAGGAACCUGAAAACUCAAGACAGAUCCUAGAUCUUCUGGAUUAUAUAAAGAACAUGAAGACUGAACCCUAUUCACUUCAGAUGUAUGUGAAAGCUCAAGAGAACAGAGCCAGACGAGAACUGGAGGAACAAAAUAAGAAAGAACUGAAGAGAAUGGAGGAUGAAAUCAAAGAGUUAAAGCAGAAGAUUCAGUCAUAUGGUGCUGAAGGUGAAGCUGUCGAUGAUGAGUGUCUGAGGAUUGUGCUGAUCGGAAGAACAGGAAAUGGAAAGAGCGCAACAGGAAACACUAUUCUGGGAAGAAAUGAGUUUCAGAGCCAAUUAAGCACAGAUUCAGUGACGACUGUUUGUGAGAAGGGAGUUGGUGAAGUUGAUGGUCGAUCAGUAGCUGUUGUUGAUACUCCAGGACUGUUUGACACGACACUGUCACAUGAUCAAGUGGUAGAAGAAAUAGUGAAAUGUAUUUCAAUGUCGUCACCUGGACCUCAUGUGUUUGUCAUUGUGUUGAGUUUGGGAAGAUUCAUCCAGGUUGAGAUGGAUACUGUGAAUCUGAUAAAGAAGAUAUUUGGACAUAAAGCUGCUCAGUUCAGCAUCGUUCUGUUCACUAGAGGUGACGAUCUCGAGGAUGAAUCUAUAGAAGAUUAUGUGAAGAGAAGUAAGUCUGCAGAACUCAAGAAACUGAUCAGAGAUUGUGGAAACAGAUUCCUGGUUUUCAAUAACAAAGAAAAACGAGACAGAACUCAAGUGAUUCAACUGUUAAACAUGAUAGAAGAGCUGACAAAUAAUAAUGAGGGUCGAUACUUCACUAACAGCAUGUUUGAGGAGGCAGAGAUGUCCAUUAAAAAGAGAAUGGAAGAAAUACUGAAAGAGAAGAGAGAGAAAUUCAGACUCAGAAAGAAGAAUUGCAAGCCAAAUACGAGAAGGACAUGAAAAACCUGACGAAGAGACUCGAGGAAGAGAAACAAAGAGCAGAUGAGGAGAGAAUGAAAAUGCAGAAUCAAUUUAGAGAAAAACUGGAAAAACUCAAAAAAGAGUUUGAAGAGAAAGAGAAAACAGAACAAAUGAAA